GGAGGAGUCAUAGUAGGAGGAAGGGAAGGGACACACACAGAGGAGGCUGGCACCUCGCACAGGACGGAGUAGUAGGAGGGUGAAGUAAGGUGAACGCUUAGCCUGAUGUGAACUCCGGGGCAGGCGGAGAAGACUCUCCUCUCUCUCUCUCUCUCUCUCUCUCUCUCUCUCUCUCCUCUCCUCUCUCUCCUCUCUCUGUAUACACACAGUGUACAGUGUACAGUGCGGAGGGGACGGCGGACAGACAGCAGCAUUACCGGUUAUGGGAAGAGCCUGAGCCCGAUCACCGGAGACCACCGGACACACCGGAUACCUGGCCGGCACACAGUUAUCCUCUUCUGACCUCCAGACGCACACAAUCCUGGCGCAGCUCAGUGACCUCUCCCCUCCAGCCCUCUCCCCUCACCCUAACAUGAACGGGCCUAUGACUUGUUCUGCCUCGGAGGACACUUCUGCUCACCAGGCCCCUCCUACACUGGAGCCUUAUGGGCCUGCUCCGCAGAACCAGCAGGUUGAUGAUGAUGCCUCCACUGGAUCUCUUUUGUCCGGCUCUGGCCUCCUCCUUGCCCGUUCCCUCCUUGGUCGCCGAAGCUCUUCUUCUUCCCCCAGUUCUUCACCUUCUUCUUCUUCGAAUCUUCGAAGGCGACGUGAGUUUACACCAGAUGAAAGGAAAGAUGACAAUUAUUGGGAUAAACGACGCAAGAACAACGAGGCUGCCAAGCGUUCUAGGGAGAAGCGUCGCGCCGGUGAUCUAGCCCUAGAGGGACGUGUGAUUGCACUGCUUGAGGAGAAUGCAAGGUUGAGGGCUGAGCUUCUUGCUCUCCGUUUCCGCUUUGGCCUGGUACGUGAUCCAUGUGAGGAACCUCGGGGAACUUAUGCCCCACCAUGUAAUCUACACGAGCCACCUCCUCCUCCUAACCCUCCACCACCAAUGCCGCACUCAGAAGACUCUGGCUUUUCCACCCCUAGUGUCGGAAGCCCGGUUUUCUUUGAGGACCGAGUCCCCGAACCAGAACCGCAACCAUUACAGCCUACAAGUAUAACUUAUUAUGGAGCUAUGGGUGGAGAACCUGUAGAGAAUCCUCAAAGAAGGCUUGAGACUCUUCCUGAUCCUUACAGAAGCCUCCCACACAAGUUGCGGUUUAAGGCCUGUGCGCCGGGGGAGGAUGGGUGUCAUUCUGCACUGCCUAUGGCAAGAGAAAUAAACAGUUAUGCUUCAGAAGUGGCCCCAGGGUUUGCCCAGCAGCCAAUGCUCUGUCAACGGGGACGGUGGAAUGGCCAGGGGCAAGAUGGGAUACCGGCACAAGCCACAGAGAGCCCCGACUUGAGAUCCCAACUUGCCUCGCUUUCAGCUGAGGUGGCCCAGCUGAAGAAAAUAUUCUCUGAGCAAGCAAUGACAAGGAACGGACCUGAUUAGAACACUAUUUUCCUCAUGUUCUGGACUCCAUCAUCUAAGGAGAGAAGAUUCUUAGCCGUACUCCUUACGGUGAUUGACCUAUAUGGUGCUAGGGCUAGAAGGGUGGGAACGUUCUUCAGAUGCUUUCAUUUAGUCAAAAAGCAUAACCUAUUGCGACUAAAUAAAAGCAGAUAUUAGAACGAUAUCUUGGUGUGUAGACAACAUCCUUAGGUUUUUUUUAUUUUUAUAUAUAUAUUUUUUUUUUUACAAAACCACACAACAAUUGUCCUCUAUGUAUCAGCUCCUCCCCAAAAGGAGACGUCACAAUUUGCAAAAAUAAGUUUUGGUGCUACAAAGAAACAUCACUUGCCAAAGGACACUGAAGUAACACAGUCUUGUAAUAUACAAUGGACCGGCUUGUUGUCUGCUAAGGAAAAUGUAAUGUAAUACUGUCUGAAACAGAAAAAAAACAAAACUGUUGUUGUCCCGUCAAGUGUCUAACUGCCAAAUAAUUGUGACACUGCUUCCUGUUUGGUCACAAUGAUGACAUUCUUUUUCAUGAUGUGUAUAUAGGGGUAUUCUGUUUGUAACACAGUGUAUACCUUUCUGUAGCAUAAAUCUCCUUUUUGUGUCUCACACUAUCAACAGAUGGCCAAGAGGAGAACUGGGCUGGGUGGCAAAAGGGGCAUUACCCACCUAUCCCCCAGGGGCAGUAUAAAUAACUUUUGUUGGGUUGGUGGACCUAAGUGGAGAUACCCCCCCCCCCCCCAAUUCAGGCCUCAAUCAGAGCACGGUCUACAGUCAAUGACAACGGCUGGGCAUUAUAUACCUACCUGCCCCAUCUUCAGACCUGGGAUCUGGCAGAGAGAAGUCUUCCAGCAGCAAGAAAACAAUGCUGGACAAAUGCAAAGCCGUGAAAUGUGCUGUGCCCAUUUGUUAAAGGAAGCUCAAUGAUAAGGUUUACUUUCGAUAAUGGCCUGGUAUUUUAUUUCGUAUUUUGUUGAGUCCAUAUCAAUUUCACAGAGCACCACCUUUAAAAUUGACCCCAACAAUCCACGUUUUUUUUUAGCAGAUU